CCAAGACUUCUACGAGAUUUGAUGCGAAUACGUUCUCACACGUAAAGAAGAUAGGAAAAUGGCGGCGACGAUGCAGGGUCUCCAGUGGAACGCCACAGCAGGACAGCUGUCAUUGAUCGAACUGGACGUGCCGAAAGCCGGACCUGGCGAGGUGGUCAUUAAGGUGGCCUAUGCCGGGGUGUGCGGUACAGAUCUCCAUAUCAUCCAGAAGGAGUUUGCGUCUGCUGAGCAGGUCGUCUUGGGACAUGAGUUCUCUGGUGUCAUCACAGAAAUCGGCGAGGGGGUGAAGGACUUCCAGGUCGGAAACAGGGUGUGUGUGGACCCGAACAAGGGCUGUGCGGGGUGCCGGUACUGUGCCUCAGGGAAGCCCAACUACUGCCAAACUGGGCUGUCUACGUACACCGUUGGUCUCCGUAAGAACGGCGGGUUCGCCCAGUACUGCGUGGUGCCGACCGAGCAGGUGUACCUCCUACCGGAGGAGCUGACACUGCAGCACGGCGCCCUGUGCGAGCCGCUGUCGUGCUUGAUGCGCGGGUGGGACAACCUGGGCACCCCGCCCGCAGACUCCCGUAUCCUGGUCCUGGGGGCCGGGAUCAUCGGCGUGCUGUGGUCAACCAUCUUCCACUACAAGGGUUACCGAGAUGUGACAGUCAGUGAGCCUGCUGAUGCCAGGCGCAAGCUGAUUGGUGAACUUGGAUUGGGGUACCAGGCGGUUCACCCAGACGAACUGAAGUCACGUUUUGACGGGGCUGAUGUGGAGGAAGUGGGGUAUGACGUCAUCGUGGACUGCAGUGGUUUCCCGCCGGCGAUCGAGCAGGCUUUCUGCUGGCUCCGUUCCGGAGCCACCUUCCUCCAGUUCGGCUGCUGUCCGACCAACUCCAAGAUCACCAUCAACCCGUUCCAGAUCUACCAGAAGGAGUUGAAGAUCAUCGGUUGUCUCAUCAACCCCUUCACCAUGCCCAAGGUCGGGGGUCUGGCGCGGGGCAUGUCGGGAAGCUACCUGAGCGACUUCUCCCGACUGGGCAUUAAGAUGUUCCGCCUGCAGGAGUACCAGGAGGCCAUCGCGCAGCUCAGGAAGGGAGUCAUCUCCAAGGCCAUGUUUCAGUUCGACAACUGAGACAUCUAACUCCUAAAACGUUUCAGAAUAUGCAUGUAUCAUGCAUGAUCUCACAAAGAAUGAAAUAGGAGUUUAGUUCGUAGACUGAACACUCUGUGCGCCUAUGAAUGAUCAUCAUUAGAUUUAUUAAACUUUCGUCAUUACCUCAUGUUGUUAGAAGACUAAAACUAAUUCAACUAGAUUUCCUAGUACUGUAUGGCAGAAAAUAAACCAUUUCAGAGUGGCAAUAAGAUAAAAUGUGCUUUUUAUACCUAUGUGAACAAUUACUGACUCGAAUUAUUUAUCAUUACUCCAUCUAUUCCUAAUAUGAGUACAUUAUUAUCCCAUUAACAAACUCUCACACCAAGGGACAUAUGUUGAAUUCGGCAAAUAAAGCCAUAUUCCUUUCAGUAUCCAUUAAUCAUUUCCAUCAGGUUUGCAAGAGAAUUAUAGAAAUAUUCCUUAUUCAAUAAAAAGGAGUUUUCACAAACGACCUUCUUCAGGGCAACAAUGGCACAGUAAUAUGCCCUUUCCUGUAAUAGCGUAAUCAAACGGUUUAAAUUAAUAACAUUAUGGGUAAUCUGUACGCGUAUGGGUAAUCUGUCUGCUGUAUUAAAGUAACAGGAAAUAAAUAACUCACCACUGCACACUUCGCUGUCUACAUG